UUAGUAGUUGGAAGUAUCGGCCACCAUGGGUGUAACUGCUGCUGCUCUGCUCUUAACACUUUUCUCUGCACUCAGUUGUGGCCACACCACACAACAGGUGUGUCUUCAGACAAGCUACAGCGAGGAUGGUCAGUGCAACUUCUCAUUUGUGCUCCCCCCGCUAUCCUGUCCAUCAGAGCGAUCAGGAGAGGAAAAAGUGACCCAGGAGCUCGAUCAGAUAAAACAGGGCCUCCUCGAACAAGUGGAGGAACUUAAACUGCAGAAUCAGGGACUUAGCACCAAGGUUGAAGAGUUAGCUGAAGAGCUGAGUAAACUGAAGAGGACGGGAGGGGGGCAGACUCAAGUGGACCCUUGUGCUGAAGGGCAUCGCCUGCCAGGUGUGUUGUCGUGUUACCAGCUCUGGAAGCUGGGGUGUCGUGAGUCAGGUCGGUAUGUGAUAGACCGGGAUGGGCCAGGAUUUGGGGAGAAGCCAGUCGAGACGGAAUGUACCUUUGACAGCCAAGGAGACCUUGCAGUUCUCCCCAGAACCUGCACUGAUGUACUACAGAAAGGAGAGACCAGGUCUGGGACAUACACCAUCGACCCUGACGGACCUUACCAAAGUGUUCCACCCUUCCAAGUCUACUGUAACAUGACAGCUGAAAAUGGUGCAGGAGUGACAACCAUCGGCCAUGACAGCGAGGCGCGUACACACGUGCAAGGGUUUGAGCAAGCCGGCUCCUACAGACGGACCGUGACAUACGACCACGCAACCAUCGACCAGAUCAGAGCUUUGAUCGACGCUUCCGAGUCAUGCAAGCAGUUCAUCAAGUACGAGUGCAAGGGGUCUAUUAUGUAUGGGCCAGACUUUAAAAAUGACAACAGGAUCGUGUACUACGCUUGGUGGCAGACCUGGGAUUGUAGGGAGGCCUACUACUGGGGCGGGGCAUCGCCUGGCAGCCAGGACUGUGACUGUAUGGUGACAGGCACCUGUGACAACCCUGACCACCCCUGUAACUGUAACAUAAAUGACGACGUCUGGCGCCAGGAUUCCGGGUUCCUGACACACAAGGACGAUCUUCCCGUCAAACAACUACGGUUUGGGGACACCACGGAACCGGAAAAUGGCUACCAUACACUGGGAAAACUCAUGUGCUUUGGUUAGAAACCGUUUAGGACUGCUGUUAGCAGUUUGAGAGCAAAACCAAAAGACAUGAACUGUCCUUUAUUCCAUGAACACUAAAACUGUACUACCACUAUAAUGGCAACUGAUUCUUACAAUUUACUGCUUCCUAACAAUGUGCAAUU